ACGCUCCGCAGCGAGCAACCACUUCUUUUCAGGGACUUUUAUUUGUGUCUCCGAGCUGAGAGCAGCUUCCAGUCCGGCUGCGCACAUUCAGACACACUGAGCAAAAAAAGAGCGAGAGGCGUUUGUCCUUUUCGAGGAGGACGAGCAGCGGACAGCAGCUACCUGACAGGAUGAGGGGGAACCUGCGGGGAAUGGACCUGGGGGAGUCGUCUGGUGGCGCGGAACAUGCCACCGGGAUGUAAACACGCGCCCAUCGAUCGCUAAUCCGCAAGUGUUUUCCGUCGCCAUGGUGACGCCACGUGAGCGCUCCCUCUUGCUGACUCACCUGCUCCAGCUGCUCCUCGUCCCUGUCACCCGGUCCCUUCUUCUUCCGCCUCCUCACCCUGCGCCCGUUCACGUGCCCGCGCUCAUCCCUCGUGCGCCGACGCCUCUCAUCCGCUCCCGCUUCAGCGCUCGGACCCAGCUGGCCCUCACGACCCGUUGCAACUCCAGCUGCUUCCACCGGGGCGAGCGGGGGGACCAGACGCGGCAGCUCACGGAGAAGCUGGCCUUCGAGACGCUGUACGCCGACGGCUCACGCACCCUCACCGCCGUGCGCGUGGAGGGCGACGAGGAGCCGGACGGAGGUCCCCGGAGAGGAGGGCCGAGGACGAGGCCCGGGCGCAAACGCGUGAGAAGACAGAUCUACGGAGCGGACGGACGCUUCAACAUCCAAGGGGACCACUUCCUGCUGGAUUACCCGUUUUCCACGGCCGUGCGCAUCUCCACCGGCUGCACGGGUGUGCUCGUGUCCCGGCAACACGUGCUCACGGCCGCCCACUGCGUGCACGAUGGGAAGGAUUAUGUCAAGGGCGCGCGUAAACUCAGGGUGGGCUUCCUGAUCCCUCCGUCCAUCAACGGCACGAAUGGCGGCCACGCGUCUCCCAAGAGGCCUCUGGUCCGCUGGGUGCGCGUGAGACGUACGCGCGUGCCCAAGGGCUGGAUCCAGGGCCCUCAGGAGGUCAGCAUGGACUUCGAUUACGCCCUGCUGGAGCUGCGUUGGCCUCACCGACGUCCCUUCAUGCGCCUCGCCGUGACCCCGUCCCCUGACGACCUGGCCGGGAAUCGCAUCCACUUCUCCGGCUUUGACAGCGACAGAUCCGGGGAGCUGGUGUACCGAUUCUGUGCCGUGGAAGAGGAGUCCAGCGACCUGAUAUACCAGCAUUGCGACGCACGACCCGGAGCCAGCGGCUCAGGGGUGUACGGGAGAGUGUGGGACAACAGUCUGGAGCGCUGGGAGAGAAAGGUCAUCGGCAUUUUCUCUGGACACCAGUGGCUGGAGAUCGAUGGAGAGAACCGGGAUUACAAUGUGGCCGUACGAAUCACUCCUCUGAAGUUCGCUCAGAUCUGUUACUGGGUGCAUGGAAACCGACCAGACUGUGUCCACGAUUAAGAGGGGACCUACCCACGCACGAAGUGUACAAAGAAGAGUGCAACAAGAUCAAAUAGAGGAAAAGCACCCUUCUGUGAAACACAUCACCCUCUCUCUCUUAAACCCUCCUGUGAGAUCAUCACAUCUAUUCAUGACGUAUUAGCAUAUUAACUUAAGACAGUUUUCAUAAGGGGGAAAAAACACUGUCAGUAGCAGCAGAUUAUUUUCCUUCAGUGGAUGACAGCAGUCUAACGACUGAGUUUUGAGGAAUUUAGUGUUAUGCUUUUUAAGAAUAAUUUGGUCUGCAUUCACACCUUCAUAAUACAAAGAACAAUUAAACCACUGAUGCUCCUUCUAACGUGGACUGGAGCGUUAACUUUAUUUUUUUGAGAAAUGUUUUAUAUUUUAUUAAAGAGAUUUAUAACUUCGUGCCUGGGCUUUUCUUUGACAUAAAGAGUGAGGUGGUGGCGUCCUCUUGUGGUUGGAACAGGUAAUGCAUUUGAAUUUAAGAGCACUUUGCUUCAAAUGAUUCUGAAUGAUAAGAAAAAUCAAUCCAAUUUCCCAAAAGGAAAACAAAUUCACCCGUCCAUAGAUGUCAGAUGUAAAUAUUUGAACGGGAUCAUUUAAAUUGAUUCAAUUUGUGAUUUACAACAUAGUGAUGUCUGACAUUUUGGACAUAACAAUUGACACAUUUUAUAAUGAAUAUAGAAGUUAGUCCUACGAUAAAGGGACCAGCACGCUUAAGCUAAUUAUUUGUGCAGUAAAACAAUGACAAUCUAAUUACAUUUUGAUGAAUGCCAUCCUGCAUAACCAUAAGUAAGAGCAGAACAAGUCAGUAGUUUAGUGCUUUUUAUUAGAGAUAAGGAGACGAUACAAAACAUCCACCAUUCAAUAUUCAGUCUAAACUCUGCUCGCCGCUCUUUCAUUUACACAUCGCUCCCAUCAGACCGUCAUAACACCAACGAUUUUAAUUCAAGAAGAUCCUGGUUUAACAAGUACAAGGAAUGUUGACUGUUAACUACAUAAGAAAAAAGGAAUCACUCAAAUUUGGAAUUUGCCUGUUGAAGAGAAAAUAAAACAAAUACAAAAGAAUAUAUAUAUUUAACCAUGUUCCCUCCAGAUACAGUUUUGAUAGAUCUUAUGAAUUAGUCAAUACAACUAGUCUCAACUAACACUUACAAAACUUAAACUAGAAGUUUGGCAAAACAAAAAAAUGUAGUUUGAGUGAUUAUUUGAGAAAACUAAAAAGCUGUUAUUGUCUGUACUUUUAUCUGCAACCAUUCAAAUGGAACAAAAAUAAAACGAACAAAACCCUGUAUUUAAAGAUGAACAAUAUGUGUAUUUAAGCUUUAACGUUGUCAUCAUCAUCCUUCCUCUGUUUUAUCUUAAUGUUUUUCCUUUGUUUAUGUUUUGUUCAUAUUCUUUAUGUUGCGUGAUGUGGAUUGACAGUCUGCAUUUGCGGAUUUCUUUUUGUUGUGUUUUUUUUUUUUAAACUUU